AUGGAUCCUUCUCUCGAGGUCAAACUCCCUCUGGUUACUGCUGAAGAGAUCCUCCUGGAAUCUCGAGAGCAGCAGGAAGCAGAAAUCCGAGCACCAAAACAAAAGCUUACAGACUCAAUAGAACUCUUUGAGUAUCAUCUCCUCAAUUUUGAAGACGACAUUACCCGUGAAAGCUGGAACAUCAGCUCCUGGAUCAACUAUGCCAAAUGGCUCGAGUCCCUAAAGGAAUUCAUGGUAGCACGAAUCGUGUGGCAUCGCGAUCUGAUAGUUAAUGAUCAGAACUGCUCUCUUUGGCUCAAGUACGCUGAAUUUGAGAUGAAGAACAAAUUCUUCAACCACGCAAGGGAUGCUUGGGACCGUGCCGUCACGGUUCUCCCACACGUGGACCAGCUCUGGUACAAGUACAUGCACAUGGAAGAGAUGUUAGGGAACAUUGGUAAGGCUCGCCAGAUUUUUGAACGCUGGAUGUCUUGGAUGCCAGACCAACAUGUCUGGCUUUCUUACAUCGAUUUCGAGCUUCGCUGCAACGAAGUUGUUUAUGCUCGUUUAAUUUACGAACGGUUCGUUCAGUGCCACCCCAAAGUUGGAGCUUGGAUUGAAUAUGCCAAAUUUGAAAUGAGAAAUAGGGAGAUUGUACGAGCAAGGAAUGUUUAUGAGCAGGCGGCGGAGAAGCUGGCAGAUGAAGAAGAUGUGGAGCUGUUGUUUAUUGCCUGUGCUGAGUUUGAGGAACAGUGUAAGGAAACAGAACGAGCUCGUUGUAUAUACAAGUCUGCUCUUGAUCAUAUACCAAAAGGGAGGGCGGAGAAUUUGUAUUGAAAAUUUGUGACUUUUGAGAAGCAAUAUGAAGAUAAGGAAGGGAUUGAGGAUGCCAUUGGAGGGAAGAGGAGGAGGAUGAAGUGAGGAAGAAUCCGCUGAAUUAUGAUGGUGGUGUGGUCAGGUAUGAGGACUACAUUGAUUAUGUAUUCCCUGAAGAAAACCAGACCAUGAAUCUCAAGAUUUUGGAAGCUGCCUGCAAGUGGAAAAAGCACAGGAUCUCUUCUGAUGAGGAUUUGGAAGACAUUUUGUUUUAGCUUUCUCGUAGCCCUUGCAAACGUAAAUACAAGCAUGCCAGCUUAGCUGUGUUAUCCUUUUGUGCAUGCAUUCAGUUGUGCAUGCUUUUUAAGGGAAGAAGUCUCUUGACAAAUACAAUUUGUUGGAGGUAGGAAUCACAGUUCCUUGCUUUAACAACUCCUCUUAAUUGAUUUUAGUGAUUGAUAUACAAGUCUUUUGGCCAAAAAAGCCUUAAAUAGGACUUCAACUCUAUUUGCUAUUGGAACUUGGAACAUAAACGAAGCAUGUUCAAGGGGAAAAAGUAAAACCAAAACAAGGCAACCAAUGGAAACAAUGACCCCAAAAGGAAGCAGUUAAUAGUAUCAUCUCUUUGCAAACAAGUCACUUGU